CAGAGCCCACGUCGUAUGGACGCGGCGGCACCACCGCAGCUUUUCCGCCUCCGGCAGGCCCGUUGCCAGCUCGGGCCGGCCCAGCCUCCCCGUUUCCCCAAACAAAUCCCCCCACCCCCUCCGCAGCCGACGAUGUCCACCGCCGCGGAGGACGACGCCGACUACGACCGCCGCGCCGACGGGUCCGUCAUGCCCGACGUCCUCGCCAAGGGCCGCGAGGCCUGCUACAAGGCACGGGACGCCUUCUAUGCGUGCGUGGAGGAGUGCGCGGACAAGAAGCCCACCGAGAUCGCUACCAUGGGGCUUCUCUACCCUGCCGACUGCAAGAAGUCCCGCGCCAACUUUGUCAGCAGCUGCCUCCCCACCUGGGUGAAGCACUUCGACCGGGAGUACUGCGCCAAGAAGCGGGUGCAGAGGCUGCUCGACGGCGACGAGGACCGCCGGGGCCCCAUCUCGCUCCCCCAGCCCUACACCUUCAAGCAAUAGGUAGCCCUGCUGCGGUUCUGAUCUUGGUAUUGAGCUGAGUUGGAUCAGUUUUAUUUUGGUAUCUGGAAUUCUGGAUGCGAUAGUAUUAGUUUCAGACUCAGUGUUGUUUUAUAUGGAUGCUUAUCUGAUGUGCAGUAGUAUGUUGCUCGGAAUUGUUAAUGAAUGAGAAGGAAUUAUAUCGGACUUUAUCACAAUCAAGACCUUUGUUGUCAUAAUUCUUAGCG